AUGCUUUCGACAUCUCCACGCCUAACUCACUUCGACGUAACCAUUGGGUUCAAGGCCGUUUCCUUAACAGAGCGCACCCAUACUCGCGCUUAUGAGGCAAUCCUUCCAACCUGUCCCGAAUUGUCCCGGGAUGGUAAAAAAGUCCUGCUCACCGGAGGCACGGGAGGCAUUGUCUACGCCAUCGCGAGGAGCUUCGGUGUUGCUGGUGCCAACAAGGUUAUUAUCACUGGCAGGUCUGAGGAAAGGCUCAAGUCUGCUGUCAAAGGUCUCAUCGGUGAGGUCAAGGCCAUUGACGCCAAGAGUCAGACAAAGUACGAGGGUCGUGUGUGUCAAAUUGCUGAACCUUCUAGCAUUAGUGCCCUCUUCGACGGUCUUUCGAAAGAAAACACCUAUGUCGACGUCCUGGUGCUAAGCGCCGCUUGUAUUGGUCAAGGAAAAAUCACAGACCAGACUUGGGAGGAUAUCUGGGAACAGCUUAUAGUCAACGUUCGCUCCAUACACCAGUUCCAUAAUCUGUUUGAAAAGCAGCCUAGGAUCGGAGCCAGAACUCGCUAUAUCAUCAAUAUUUCUUCCUCUGCCAGACACCACUACACUGCCGGUGUUGACGCAGGAGUCUAUACUCUUACCAAGAACUCCGCUGCCCUGUUGCUACAAAAGAUAGCAGAUGAGACAGACCCAUCAAAGACACAGAUCAUCAACUUUCACCCUGGCUCUAUUCUAGGCAUUCGAAUUCGGGAACUCGGUUUGGCUGCAGACUCGGCAAGCUGGGACCACGAGGAUCUUCCAGGCUCCUUUGCUGUUUGGGCUUCUUUCCCCGAGGCCGCUUUCCUCCAUGGCCGCUUCGCCUGGGCUGCGUGUGAUGUAGAGGAGCUCAAGAGUGAACCCUUGCGUGAGAAGCUUGAAAAGGAUGAAACUUUCCUCAAGGUUACUGUAGAGGGUCUUUAG